GCAAGCGGGAGCCCUACAGCCUCCAGAGCUUCUCGCGGAGCCUGUCCGACGGCUUCUCCCGCUCCGCCUCCUUCUAUCGGAUCACUUGGCCGGAGUCCAUCACCUUGUUCUACAUGUCGGAAACGGGCGUGGUCUCCCCGUGCUGGACGCAGCGGUCGUCCGGCCUCAUCGCACGGCUGAUGGAGGCGGGAUUGCACAAUCUCUGCCUCCAGAACUUGAAACCCCUCCUCACGCUGAUGGAAGGCUACGCGAAACUGUCGAAGGCCCGGCACGAAGGACUCCUGGAGCUCACGUACCUGCCACCACUGGUGUACCAGCGGAUGGCCCUAGUCAGCUACGAGCAGCACCCGCUCUUCCGGAUCCAGGUCAUCGUCGAGAGGAGCGAGAAGCCUUUCGUCCCUUCUUUGGAGUUGGCCAUAGAGGCUUUCUUUGCUUCCGCGGACACGAAGAGCUUGGAAAUCCUCCUUCACCGGAAAAACUUUGCAAACACGGUCCAAAGUGUCAUGCAAAAGCACCUUUCGGAGAUCGCCAAGGUGGAUAUGCAGCCGGACGGGGGAGCGUUUGGUGGUGCUCCAUCCGCGAACCAUCUCGCCAUCCAGAAAAAUAUCGUCCACUGGGCAGCGCAGCUUGCAUCAGGCGCGCAGGCCGCCGAGGAUGCCGAAGAGAGCGAGGACGAGCAAGCAGGGAGCUCCCGUCCAGGCCUUCUUCAGCGAGCUGCAUCGAAGCACCUGAAGGACGAUCGAGUCCUUUUUGAGGAUCCGGAGGGAGAGUUGGUCGUAAAGCUCACGGCACAUCCAAAAGAGUUCCGUGGAGUCCUAGGCGAGCACUUCCGGAAGAUUGUCGAGCUCACGGAAAGGUUCACCCGGAUCGACGGCUCCCUGGAGCAAGAUGGGGAGGUGCAGCAAAAGUUCAUUGCCAGCCUCAGCGAAGUGAAGCCGUGGCUUGUGGAGGAGCUCCAAGAGAAGUUCGAUGAGAGUCUGCGAGGCUGCUUCUUCAACGCGGAGGAAGUGGUUCACGAGGUGGGCCGGUACAAUGCUUUGCUUCGGCGGUUCAGCAAACAGGCGCUGCAGCUUUCUCGGCUGCUACGUGAGCCGCAGCGGACGGUGCAAGAGGAGGGAGAUGCGCCCUCCGUCGCCUCCAGUGAGGACCACGUGCUUGCUCCCGCAGAGGACCAGGAGGGUCCCAGCGUCAGCGCCUCCGAGGCCGAGGUGUCCUCGCUUCAUUCCGAGCCCACGGGCGACGGCGAGGAGGAAGACAGGUUUGCAGCCGGUCUCUUGGGGUCGGUGGAAGAGGUGCGGGAGAACCUGGAUCGCCUGGAUGAGUGGGCGCAGGAGAUCAACGAGAGCCAGGAGCUGAACGAGCGGCACUUGGGCCUCUUCGUUGUGGAUGUCACCCCUCUACGGAAGGCUCUGCUGGCCAUGUGUGCUUGCUGCCGGUUGAGGCUGCUGGGGGUGGUCCAGCGGUGGCUGGAAGAUGCAUGUGCCCGGCUGAAGAUGUCCCUGCAGUCCAAAAGCACGGAGAUUGUCAUGGCCCCGAAGCAGCCGGAUGAGCUGCACAGCACCAUCGAGGCCGUCAAGAGCCUGGGACCUUUCCUCGCCGAGAUGGAGCCCGUUCUAGGAUCAAUCCGCCAGAUGUUUGAUGUGCUUGAGAGCCGCUGUCAUCAGGUCCCGCGACCACUCAUCAAGCGCUGGUAUGAGUGCAUCCAUGCGGUUCCUGAUCUGAGAGAUCGAGCAGAGCGGUGGCAAAAUACCUUCCGCAAGGACCUGCGUGGCAAGUUCAACAUGAAGAUUGCGGAGAAGGCCAAGUUCCUCGCCGCACAGGUCGAAGAAUGCCGUCUGGUGCUUGAGGAGUAUGCCUGCAAGGUCUCGCUAAACAGAGCAGAUCUUUACUACACGAAGAUGAAGAAACUGCAAGAACGAGUCUGCAAGCUGCAGGAGCAGGUGAAGAAGCAGCAUGUUCAUGAAGAGAUGAUGGAGAUGCCUCUGUCCGAUUUCCCGGGCUUGGCAGCCACGGCCGAGCAGCUGGCGCCUCUCCUGGAGCUCUGGUACCUGGCCCACGAGUGGACGCAUUGGAAGGAAAACAUCCUCUUCGACUAUUUUGUGAAGAUCGAUCCCAGUGCAGUGAAACACAAGCUGCUGACGUGCACUGAGACGAUGCGGUACCUCGAGGAGGUCUUCACCACGCAGCCGCGGCCACGACAGGUGCUGCAUUCAUUAUCCCUGGACUUGGCAGAACUACGCGUGCUGGUUCCUGUCAUCGUCUCUUUGCGGAAUCCAGGACUUCGAGAUCGACAUUGGCAGCGCAUCGGGGAAGCCAUGGGCCAAACGAUCCAAGCCAGCCAGAUGAAGGAAAUCACCUUGUCCACCAUGAACGAGCGGUAUCCCUUCGUUGCACAUCUCUCAAAGAUCCAGGCUAUCUCUGAGACGGCAUCGAAAGAGAUGGUCAUCGAGGACGAAUUGAAGAGGAUGCAGGAUCAGUGGACCAAGUUGAAAUUCCAGAUCAAGCCGGUUAGCCGUAUGGAGGACGGCGAAGCGAUUGAGGACGAAAUGCCGACCGUCAUGGCCGAAUUCCAUCACGAGCAGGUCUGGGAACUGAUUGCGGAGCAGGCGGCCAAGGUUCGAUCUCUUGGGCACAGACCGAAUGCGGCCGUCCACGCCCAGGCUCUGGUUGCGCACGAUGCCAAGCUCAAGGCCAUCGGGGAGCUUGUCGACUUGCUCGAGGAGUCCCAGUUUGGCUACCUCGCUGCCCGUGAGCACAUGAUGAACGAAGGCUUGGUCAAGGACCUGAUGCAGCGGGAUACCGAGCGGAACAAAGAGUGGAAACGCUUCUUCGACGUGGAGAAGCAGUGGCAAGGGAUACUGAAUCACCUGAGGUCCGCGCACAGCUACCUCGAGCUCUUGGAUCAAAAGAUCACCGUGAACUGUCGGGAGGCGGCUGUGUCCAUGGAGCGGAUCCAACGCUCUAUUCAUGAUGUGCUGGACCUGAGACGCGCGAAGGUUCCGAAUCUCUAUCGGCUCUCCGACGCAGCGCUGAUGAAGGUGCUCCGGUUUGGUCACAAUCCCGCGGAGCCGGCCAUCCGAGAUUGCCUCCCAGGCGUGCUUACUCUGGAUGUGAGCGCCAGCACCUUCUCGGAUGGCAAGUCCGUGCGAGCGAUCGUGGGAGACUCUGGUGAGUAUCUCUCGCUCCCGGAGGAGGUGGUUGUUCAGGAGGGAUCCCAGAUCGAGGACUGGCUGCCCAAACUCUUGGACAUGAUGUCACGAUUGCUGCGAUGGACACUCUCAGGCCUGAUGCUCUCCAACUUCGGGCCUUCGGAUGCGCGGCUCCUCGACGAGAAGUACGCGCUGCAGGUGAGAAGUGCCGCGCUCGACCUGGCGUACACCUCCGAGAUCGAGUCCGUCUUGUCCGAGGGCGGCAGUGGCACGCUUCUGCAGCAGAAGAGGCUGGCCAUCUGUCAGAUGAUCGAUCAACUCCAGGAGAAGCGCAUCCAGGGCGUGGAGGCUGAGGGCCGUGGCAUAGACUUCGAGGGUUUCAUAGAGGAGGAGAGCAGCGAAGAGGAAGAAGAGGAAGAAUCCGAGGAGACGGAGUCCGACACCGACAGCGACAUGGAUGAUGAGGAUGACAUGGAGGAGGGAGAUGAAGAGGAGGAACUCUCUGAGGAUGAGUCUGUUUCAGCGGAGGAGGCUAGCGCCGCCGAUAAUACCGUCGAGCGUACGAUGACAGCCAGGAAGGCUGUUCGCCUCGAGCCGCCCCUGAUGAGUCCAUCGCACCGCGCCUCCACCCUGGUGGACUCGAAGACCGCUGGCGAGCGCGGGGCAGCGAAACCCAAGAGCAGGCGCUACAACGCUGCUGCCAAACACUUGCCGGAGACGGUUUUGGCCAAGAUGCCCUGGCGGCUGUUUCAGCAGGGCAUCUCCGUAGCCGUUCUUCAAAUGCUUCGUUGGAGGGAGGUUUGCGAGCAGCUCGAAAACGAGCGGGAAGGCGGCACACCCUGGCGUAAUCCGCUUGGCUCCUACCGCUGGUUGACAACACUGCGCCACUACCUCCGGUCAAAGAGUGCCCCAGCCACCCCUGCCGGUGGGGCCGAAUCCUACCUCGAUCGAGGCUGGGUGAGAUACGAUGCUGAACUCGAACAGUACUUCAAGUUCGAGCCUAGUACACCAUCGUCAGACGUUAUGGUUGAUGAGCGGUUAGCUGGCGUGCUUUUGCUGCUGCUGAUCCUUGCCAGUUCAGAAAGGCUUGCCACGGCCUAUGAUUGCGCCACACCGCAGCAGCUUGAGCAGGCGAAGAGUAAGAAGAAGGCGCAAGAAGCCAAGGCGCAAGAACAGCAGCGUCAGACUUUGAGACAGAAUGAGCGAAAUCGGCAGUGGGAGAAGGACGAGCAGAAGAAGCAGAGAGAAAAAGCCCGGGAGGAGAGCAAGCAGGCUGCCGAUUUCGACAAAGUGAAGAAGCGCGCCUUCGCUGAGAAGGUCGUUGAGGCAUACUGGGACGGGGACAAAUGCUAUGCCGAGAUUGGGCCUGGCACGUGGAAGGAGGUGCAGGGCGAGUUCUUCUGCACGCUCUGUGAGAAAAGUCCCAAUGGCGCCAGCCUGGAGUCGCACCUCAACAGCGACAAUCACAAGAAGAAGCUGGCUUGGGCCACUGGGGCCGGCUACACUGCUCCCGUGCCGGCAACCCCCAUGGCCGCCGCCCUGCCAGCUACGUGUGUGCCGGUUCCAGUCCUUCCAGUUCAGCAGGACCUGCCCAGCUGGCAACAGCUCGGGCCUGACGGCAUGAUCCGCUGCAUUCCCUGCGGAAAGGUGGUAGAUGACAACCACUUGAUGACAGGAGACCACAACCGUCGACUGCAGGCCUUCGUGGAGCAGGAGAAGCUGAAGACAUCUGGUUUCGCUCCGCCCCAGCUCGAGUACCUGGCCUACGUCCCAUGGGACGAAAACGACCCGAGCAGUGAGCGCUGCAUCAAAUGCUUACUUUGCGGCAAGUGGGCGCAGGAUGAGACCAGCCACAUUGGCACUCCGAACCAGCCACAAGGUUCCAAGGAGCACCAGAAAAACCUCCGUAACUACGAGUGGCACCGCAAGAACGUCCUCGAGCAGCGCCAGAAGUACCAUCCGUCAGGCCCCACCAGAUCGACGGCUGCCAAGGCAGUUGAAAAGGCGCCGGCUCCUCCGACUCCGGCCCCCUGGCAGGCAUCGGCAAAGGCGAUGGGGCAGCCAGCUCUGCCCGCUCCAACUCCUGCACCGUGGCAGGUGCCAACUAAGGCAUCAUCUCCGCCACCCACAGCAUGUCCGCCACCAUGGGAGGCACCUGCAACCGAGACGGCCCCAGCCCCGCCACCAUGGCAGGCACCGGCCAAGCAACCGCCGAAGACCGUAGAAGCACUGCCACCGACGCAGGGGCCACCGAGAACAAAGCCACCGCCGCCUUGCGCGGUGCCGCCAGUGUCCAAAUCCAAGGCUGGUCCCGCCUGUGGCAUGGCUGUUAAGGCCAAGGCACCGCAACCCGCUGCUGCUUUCCUGUCGCCGGAGACGGAAGAAGAUGAGGUCGAUGAAUGUUAA